CGGGAGGAAUCUGCAGCUGUUGGGAUGGGGGAACCCGUCUGAAGGAGCAGAUCCUUGCCGGAGACAAGCCAGGAGUCACAGCAGGAUUAUGCCCUCCAGGGCAAGAGGAAGAGUUCAGAGACUGCCGCUAUAGCUGCUAUAGUCUUGGACCUGAUCCUAGAACCAACCUGGGAGCUUCAAAAUUGGGACUCCUUACUGAGAAAGAUGUAUAAGGUAGACCCACAACCAGAUCCCAAGGAGGUGGCAGCCAUAGAGGCUAGAAGAAAUCAAGAAAAGGAGCAACAGAGCCGAUUCUUCAGUGUGUGGACCAGAAAAAUGCCGAUGUAUAAGGUAGACCCACAACCAGAUCCCAAGGAGGUGGCAGCCAUAGAGGCUAGAAGAAAUCAAGAAAAGGAGCAACAGAGCCGAUUCUUCAGUGUGUGGACCAGAAAAAUGCCGGUGGAUGCUGAAGCCCUUAACAGCCACAUGGAAGAGAAAAAGCUUUGGAAGGCAAAAACGCAGAGCAAGGUGGCAGCUUAUGAUACCAACCAGGCGCAGUAUGAUAUGGUGGCUCAGACGCUAGAGAAGGAACAGGCAGAAUGGACACCUCACCUGGUCAAGAAAAUGCACGAGUUUCGGAAGCAGGAGAAGCAGCUCAAGAAAAGCCGUGAACUUGACUGUGAGGAUUCAGACCGACUCUGGAGGGAGUUUCCAGCUCAACUUGGUGACAAUGAUCCCCACUGGGGCCCAGCCAGCCUGCAGUGCUUCUCUGGGGAAGAUUGGUACAGGGCCACAUGCCUGAGAAUGCAGCAGGAGGAGUUCAUGCGCAGCCUGCAGAAGCCGCAGCAAGAGCAACAGCAAGCCAGAGUUGAGGAGAUCUGCACAGAUACGCUCAGUGAACAGCUGCGCCUAGCCGUGGAAUUGCGGGCCAUCCAGGUGGCCAAGCUGGAGCAGUGCUGCCGCGAGGCCAUAAAGUGUGCCACGGCCAAAGCCAACAAGGCCCAGGUAGCUAAGAUGGCUAAGCAGCAGCGCCGUGAGCAUCAGCACCAACAGGAGGCCAACCUCACGAAGAUCCAAAACCAGAUCACAAGUGACCUACUGACUGAGAACCCCCAGGUCGCCCAAAACCCUAUGGCUCCCCACAGGGUCCUGCCCUAUUGCUGGAAGGGCAUGACUCUAGAGCAGAGAGCUGCCAUCAAGAAAGUACAGGAGGUGCAACACCAUGAAAAGGAGGCACGGCGCCAGACCAAACAAGCACUGGAUACCAUAUGGGAAGGCCAGCCCAUGUGCUCGGCCCAGGCAGCAAUGAAGCUAGAAGAGCUGAAUUUCAGAGGGGGACUAGGCUUCUUCAACCAGCGGCUGGCUAAGAAGCUUUUAAAGAGACCACCUACAGCCCAAUAUCACUUGCAGUUCAACACCAGCAGCCGCUGAGCUCAGGAUGGUCAUCUCUCCCUCCUCCCCCCAUCAAGCUCACAGAGGCUGAGUCGAGAGGAAGAUGAUGCAGACCCCCUCCACCAAUCCAUUACCCAGUGGGAGAGCUGAGCCAGCGCCCCCACCU